AGAUUUGAAGUCAGAUAUGAAGUCCUAGAACCAUAAGAACAUUAUACACCAUCUAAAAUGAACACUUUACCCUUAGAGUAACCCUUCUGGAGCCUAAAAGUCAUGAGUGCUAAAUUUCCUUUAGGUGGGCUUUAGAAAUGUUGCCACAGCUUUGGUUUGCAGUCCAGUCUCUCGUCGGCUUUGAUUAUCGAGCUUCUCUUUGAGCUUCUGCCAAACGGAGAGCGAGCCUUGAAAAGAGGCCACAUCUCUUCAGAAAGUCUUGACCCCGGGUUUCAUUUAAGAAUUUUUCCUUGUUUACAAUUCUCAGAAGUCGAUUGUGUGUGUGAAAAAUAGACUUUCUGGUGAAGGGGUUGCAUUCGGUCAUGCUGUUUGAAGGGGUGUUAGGUACGAGACCACACGCUCCCUAGUGUACGGGGCUGAGACUACAGUGAAAUCCCCCAAGUUCCUAAACCUCUUUGAUCCUUGGGAAAACCAUGACUCAUUCAACCUCUUGCUUACCGUUUAGAUAUAUAUAUUUUUUUUAAUGGAAAAAAAUGUAAAUAUCCUUGUAUUCUACAAUAUAUCUACAUUGUUCAAAAAUUUCAAAAAAUUUCAAAAACUGAAUGUGUGAGUAUCGUGCAAAGCAAAAUAGAAUGCAAGUGGAACCAGAAAAUAGUGUUGCCAUGAUCUUCUUAUUUGAAUUAGAGGACAUUUAAUACAUUAUUUAAUACAUUAUUAAAUAUAACAUCCAGAAAAAAACUGAUAUCUUGCUUUCUUUUACUAUUAAUAUCUUAACAUGUGCUUCGUUUUGCAUAUAAUCUAAUUAAAAAUUCAACAUAGCCUAUAAUUAGGAAUCACGGUCAUCUGGAACAUAUAAAUAUAUUAAUAAGUGAGAGUGUAUGCGCGUGUGUUUAUGUGCACAACUGUAAAUUAGUGCACUAUUUCUCCCCCAAGGAUGCCUGGGAAUGAGGCUGAUUGAUACGAUACUGCGCCCGAAAACAUCACAUUAGCCUCCUCUCCUCAGGUAUCGCACCCUCGAAUUCAUGCCAAGGACAAGCCACAUGGCACUGAAGCUGAACAGCCUGUUAUUGGACAGGCCCAAGGGAAUGCAGAGGCCCAGGCUGUUAAAAGGUGGAGGCUGCGAUGUUGUUCCCUCUCAGGUUAGGAGGACGACGGAGAAGAAGACGCCCGAAGAAGUGAACCGACAAAAGUAAGCGAGGUCUUGUUUUCCUCUUUAAUAGAAAUGAAUCGACUUACACGAAAUGAGAACGCGCGAAAGAGCAGGGGAACCCGUAUGUUAAUUUUGUUUAUCGUGAUAACUGUAAGUGCUACAGUAUAUGAAUAAUAAAUACUUCAUUUACAGAUAUUAUUUCUAUUUUAUAUCGCUGGUUAUAUGUAAAAAUACUGAAAAACAACUGUUUGUACUAAAGUCCUUUGUAUAAGAAACAAGCCAGAAAAAUCAGCUAUAUCGUUUAAGCAGAAGGCUGUUUAAAGCUAACACACUUGCUAGCAAGGAGAAUAUUUAAACAUUUGCCUCUCCACAUACAUGUUAGGCUUGAUAUUGUAUUGUCCAGCCAUGAAAUUGAUUUCUACUUUUACAUUCCUUAACCAUGAAGCAACCAUUCUCCAUUCUCUAACAUCAUGCAAACAGGAAAUGAAAUACAAAUAAAGUUUUUAUAUGAUACUGGAUUUAAUUGCUACAUACAUAGGUUUUCUCUUAUUUAUCCCCUCCUUUCAAAUGCUGUAGGGUGUAAGCUACUACUCAUCACCUUAAUCAACAAAAUGACCAGUUCACUCCGCUUGGUCAUCCUGGUGAUGGCUUCAAUGGUGGUAGCAGUGGCUGAGGUGUCAACAGUCAGGAAUCUACGGGUUAAACCUACUAAGAAGCCCCCUCAGGGUGGGGAAACUUCUUCAGCGUCACCUACCCGCCUGGGUGUUCAUUUCACCACCACCAUGGCUGCCAUCCCUUCCAGCAGCACCUUGCCUGACGAGACAACAGAGUCCAUCACGGAUUCAUAUUCGUCUUCCACCGAGAGCAGCACCUACUCCAGCGACGCCUAUUCAGCCGACUACCACACAGAGGCCAUGUUGCCGCCUGGAAUGGGUCCCCGGAACUUCACUCUGGACUACAACGAGUGCUUCUUCAACUUCUGUGAGUGCUGUCCACCAGAGAGGGGCCCUCCAGGACCCAUCGGAGAGAAGGGGUCGCCAGGUGUUCUAGGGCAGAAAGGAGAGAUGGGACCUCAGGGUGCGACAGGACCAGCAGGACUUCCGGGAGCUCCUGGACUGCCGGGCGAAAAAGGAGAUCCAGGACAAGCCGGUGAGAAAGGGAUUCCAGGAAUACCAGGUUCUGCUGGCAAACCAGGAGAAAAAGGUGAACCAGGUCUUAGAGGAGACAAAGGAGACAUCGGUUUGCCUGGAUUAAAAGGUGAACUAGGGAACAAAGGGGAACCAGGCCAGAAUGGGACCAAAGGUGAGAAGGGUGACAUGGGCCUGCAAGGACCGAUGGGAUCUCCUGGACAAGAUGGGAUGAAGGGUCUAAAGGGUGAAAAAGGAGACAUGGGGGAACGAGGAACAAUGGAGAAGGGGGAUAAAGGUAACAAAGGUGAACCUGGCCCUCCAGGACCUAAGGGAGACAUGGGCAAGCCAGGACUAAAUGGCACAGAGGGACCUUCUGGAAUAAUGGGUGAAAAAGGAGAAACGGGCUCUCCAGGUCCACAAGGAAAACCAGGUAAAAGAGGGCAACCUGGACCACCAGGGCAAAGGGGCAUGCAUGGCAUGAAAGGGAUACGAGGUCUGAAAGGGGUACGUGGCCAAAGGGGAAUGAAGGGCUCAAAAGGAGAACCAUUCAUUCAGAAGCGCUCUGCCUUUAGCGUAGGACUCUUCCCGAGCAGAUCCUUCCCUCCUCCUGGCCACCCAGUCAAAUUUGACAAAGUCAUCUACAACGAGGAAGGACACUGGGACCCCUAUAUCAGCAAGUUUAACUGCACUUUUGGAGGCGUCUAUGUGUUUUCCUACUACAUCACCGUUCGCAGCCGUCCUUUACGGGCUGCCUUGGUAGUGAAUGGGGUCCGUAAACUGCGCACUCGUGACUCCCUCUAUGGCCAGGAUAUCGACCAGGCCUCUAACAUGGCACUGAUCCGACUGUCCUCCGGUGACCAGGUGUGGCUGGAGACUCUGCGGGACUGGAAUGGAAUUUAUUCCAGCAGCGAAGAUGACAGUACCUUUUCUGGCUUCCUGCUCUUUGCUGAUGCCACUAAGGAAUGAUGACUGAGAAUACCAGAGAAUGGACCUUUUGCUUUACUACACAUGUGACCAGUGCCUGUUGCAUCAGAAGCCACCUAUUUUACCCGAGCCUCAUACCGAAGCCUCAUAUGCUUACUAACAGCAACUGACUAGUCACUAAUAACUCCGCUUCGGGCCGUACCUUCCGGAUUUCAUAUCAGAGAGCACCUUCAGGGAUGAUUUUUCCAGACACUGACUAAUUUGUGUACUAAACAGAAUUUUCAUUUAAUAGGGGAUACGUAGGGUAUAGAAUGGAGUUCAUGCCUUCUUGUUGAAAUGCAAUCGUUAUGGGGAAAAAAUGUGGGAUGCAACGUGUGCAGUACUUUUUAAUAGUGCCAUUUGUAAAGUGGGACCAAAUUGAAAAGUAAAACCUUUACUACUGUACGUUCAUAAGCAUUCCUGCCUCACAGCUCCAGGGUCCCUGGGUUGAGCCUGAGCUCAAGUUACUGACUGUGUGGAGUUUUGCAUUGUGUGGAGUAUUCAACACGUACCUGUGUUUUCCACUGUAAUGAUUGCAUCUCAAUAUGACAUAAAUUCCUCUCCACAUCAGCACUGCUCAUAUACAUAGUUUCCUGUUUGUACAAUAAAAAAGAAACAUGGCACUCGAUCACUGUGUUGUUGUUUUCAUUUCCUCUCUGAGAGGAACUAUCUUGCAGAGAUUUGGCAACCCAAGCAAGGACGUUUUAGCCUUCUAUGUGCAUCUCCAAGCAUUUAAUAACAUCCGCAGGCAUUUAUUGAAAGACAUUUGACAACUGGCAGUCAUUUAGACAGGACAUGGAAUGAGAUUUAUAAUAUGGUGUAUGUAUAAUAUAAAGUAUGGAUGCUCUUUCCACUUCCUUCUGUCAUUCUUUAUUUUUGGUAAAAGCAGUAAAUCUCUGUUAACUUUUAACUCCGAUUUAUUAGCUAUACAUUUUGAGAUUAGAUCUGAUCUCAAAAUUUUAAUGUCUGACUUACUCAACAUUGACUCGUUCUGAUAAAAAAAAAAAAUCUGUCUAAUUUUCUCUACUUUUGAGUUACGUUCUCAUGAUUUUGACAAGAAAACGAUUUAUUUUCUCAAUAUUUCAACUGUACAGCGGUCAAUUUACAUCCAUAUCCACAACUAAGGUCAUGAGCUGUAUAUAAUUAUCGAAAAGUGUACAGGAAGGUGGACGAUUCAGGGAAAACCACAAAGAUGCUGCUUCUCAAAAUUGAGUCAUAAGAAGUUUUUUUUUUUUCCACCUAGAAAAAUGACUCGCUG